CAGAAAACCUAAAGCCCUUCCCUCUCUGCGACUUCCCGCCUCGUCCGCCCUCAGCCCCUCAAGCUCUCUCCACGCAGACUGGCAGGAAAAAUAAGAGCAAGCCAACGAUGGUGGUGGCAGUGUGGCAUCAACUACGCUGUCCAUAUCUUUACCACUCGCUUCGGCAAUCUCGUCGCUAAAUUGUGUGAAACACGGAUCUCUCUCCCAAGCAAGUCAAGAACAUCUUACUCGUCUUAAUCCAACACAAUUGCGUCUAAGCUUUCAUUCUCGAGCAACCAGAUACCGAGGGGAUCUCACGGUGAAUAUUUGUGGACAACUAUAUGUGUAGGUGGAUUUGGUCCAUUUGGAGAUGGUCUGAGACUGAUUACCCAUUAUAUGGGAUUGAUUGAUAACAUCCUGCAUCGCUUGAAGUUUUCCAAGUUCUUGAUGGUUGUGUUCGAGGAACUUGACAAAGAAAGCUUCUCGAGGGUUUGCUGCAACAUGGAGGGCUUUCACUGCAACAAAUGCUUGACAGAGCCAUGGAUACUAAAAACGAGACUUGUCACUGCCUGUUUUGUUGAAUGCUGUCCUGACCCAGAACCAGUCCUCACAGAAUCAACGCUGGAAGAAACUACUGCAAAAAAGAAGGGUGAAAAAUCUGCUAAGGACCUUGCUUUGUCCUUUACACAGUACCACCAGAAAAUUGAAGAAUCAAAAUCCUUGGAACUGCGCUAGAUUUUACUGAAAUGGGCUGCAGAGGACAGAUGGACCGGAUGCAUUCCUAUAGUAUUUUGCUUAUGAUCAUUGUAUGGAAAUUUUCAGGUAUCGACCCAUCACGAUGUAUUUGUCUUAGGUUUUGGCCUCUUUAAUAAAAUUUCUUACGGCCAAACGAAGAAUGUAUACUGCAGUUCUCGUUGAUGGAUUGAAAUUCGUCCUGUUGUGAAGUAAACUGUUACUUGAAAACGGUGGGAAUUUGGUUC